AUGGAAGUCUUUCAUCCUCCUCGACUAAAAAAGUCCUCCCUCUCCCUCCUCCCGCUCUCGUACAUUUCAUGGCUCUUCUUCCAUCCGCACUUCCAUUCUCGUUAUCUACCACCUAAACUCGACUCUCCUCCCCCGCCUCCUCUCAUCUUCUCUCGACUCCAAGCGAGUGGGACGAUCCGCAGCCUCCAGCUAUGGUCUCUCGCUUCCCCAUACUCAAUCCUCUCCUCCCGUCCACCUCUGAGAACGAUCAUCAUCCACACAACCUCAACAAUUCCCCCAUCGCCGAGCACAGCAGCCGCGAGCUACUCGUCCCAAGUUUCCCCCCGUCAUCCGGACGUCUCUCCUCCUCUCACUCCCUCCCAACUAUAUCUUCCUUCUCCAACCUCGAUCGACCGCCCCUCUAUCCCUCCCUACUCCUUCAACCGCGAGCCUCCCUUCUACCCGAGAAAGGUCUAG